GGCGGGACCGGCAACAUGGGCGGAGCGGCCGCUGGUUGGCGGCGCGGUGAUUACGCCGGGGUGACGGGACAUUCACGUUGCAGCGGCGGGAUGCGAGGCUGGAUUGUUACGUUGCUCAGCUGCUUGGCAGCAGUGCAUGAUGCCAAGCCUUGGAAGGUUCCUUCAUUUGGAAACAUUUACCAUGUUUCAGGAGUUCUGUCGCUGCCCUAUACCGAGAUUGAAGAACCAUUUGAAGCUUGGUACAACCUGUCGGGAAAUGUCAGUCGUAUCGAGUACUAUAACGGUCAGGUUGUAACACUACAGUACGCAUUUGAAAAGCCGGCUGGCAAAAGCUACAAAAUAUCCCCGGAAACCACGGAAACCGAGAUCAACGUUAUCAAAUGUUUCCAAGUGAACGGUACCGCUGAUGAUCCCAUCGUUCCGCAGUCCGUAUUUCCCAACUUGGAAGGUUUUCAGCUGGUAAAGCAGGAGGACUGGAAGGGCCGGCACUGCGAUGUGUGGCAGCAAGUUGUGUUUGAGGAGAAGAAGAAGAACACGUACACCUUGUGGGUGGCCAACUCCACCAACGGCCCUGUCCCUGUCCACUACCAAAUGAAGGGGUACAACACACUCUUUGCCUCACACUAUGACAAGUAUGAAGUCGACUACAAAGACCUGGACCGGAAUGUGGACCCGAGCAUUUUCAAACUUCCUAAGGGCAUGUCUUGUGAGGACUUCCCUGGUCCUGGGGUGGAACACAGAAUCCUGGCCAACCCCAUUGAAGAUUUGGUCAGCAUGGACAAUGGAGACGGGGCUCAUAAUUUCUUCCAGCAUUACAAGGAGAAGUUUGGGAGGGAGUACCUGGAAGGUGAUGUAGAGCAUGAGGUUAGAAAGACCACCUUCACACACAACAUGAGGUAUGUCCAUUCUAUGAAUCGCCAAAACCUGACCUUCAAACUGGCAAUCAACCACUUUGCUGACAGGACUGGAGAUGAGAUGACUGUUAUCAGGGGAAGGUUGAAGAGAACCACCCCGAACACAGGGCAGCCCUUCCCCGCACUCCAAUACCAAUACGUACAGCUGCCUCCCAGUAUAGAUUGGAGACUGUAUGGUGCAGUGACCCCGGUGAAAGAUCAGGCCGUCUGUGGCUCAUGCUGGAGUUUCAGCAGCACGGGUGCAGUAGAAGGGGCAUUCUUCCUGAAGACAGGAUAUUUGAUCUCUCUGUCACAACAAAUGUUGAUGGAUUGUUCCUGGGGAUUUGGAAACAAUGCUUGUGAUGGAGGAGAGGAAUGGCGUGCAUUUGAGUGGAUCCUGAAACAUGGUGGCAUUUCAACCACAGAGUCGUACGGUUCUUACUUGGGACAGAAUGGCUUCUGCCACUAUAACCAGUCCACGGUGAUCGCAAAGAUGAAAUGCUACACCAACGUCACGUCAGGAGAUAGAACAGCUUUAAAAAUUGCCAUCUUCAAAAAUGGCCCUGUAGCUGUCGGCAUUGACGCAAGCCACAAGUCAUUCCGGUUUUACAGUAAUGGGGUUUACUACGAGCCACAAUGCAAAAACCGACUGGACGAUCUGGAUCACGCUGUGCUUGCUGUUGGCUAUGGAACACUUGACGGUGAAGCAUACUGGCUGAUUAAAAACUCCUGGUCAACAUACUGGGGCAAUGAUGGAUAUGUCCUGAUGUCCAUGAAACACAAUAACUGUGGAGUUGCUACUGAUCCAACAUACAUCACUCUUGAAUGAGUGCUCAUCACGACACAGCUCUCAUUCACUUUUAUUUUCAUGGAUUUGCAUUUUUGGUGCUAUGAGCUUAAAUUGUUUGAAAUUUGCACUGAAAUUCUAAAUAUAUAAAUACACUUAUCAAGGCGACAUAGAUUUAAUCAAUAUAUUAAUUUGAUUACUGUGACUUGCUUUGCUGUGGUAAUUCAGGAUUAGACUGGCUUUAGUUUUGAAGCACUGCCCUAAUGAAAUGUUAACAUUGGUGCAAAAAAUACUUAACAAUCGAAUUAGAAUUAAUAUUGAAUGUUUAAAGAUUAAAUAUUUUCUGGAUUACAGCUGGGCCUGGUUUAUUGUUCAUUUUAUUGUACUCUGCUUUGAUUUUUAACAUUUAAACUAACUUUGGAAUGUACAUGCACAUUCAAAUGCAAUAAAGUUCACUUUAAAACUU